UCACAACUUCCGGUUACGUGUCAUCGUCCAUUUUAUUUCCACGGUGGCUCUUACCACCCGGCAAAUAAAGGAAGACACAGAAAGAAUAUGUUGACGAAGUUUGAAACCAAGUCUGCGAGAGUGAAAGGACUCUCGUUCCACCCCAAGCGACCAUGGGUGUUGACAAGUCUGUUCAAUGGGGUGAUUCAGCUAUGGGACUACAGAAUGUGUACACUAAUAGACAAAUUCGACGAACAUGAUGGUCCGGUGAGGGGUAUAUGUUUUCACACGCAGCAGCCAUUGUUUGUUUCUGGAGGAGAUGAUUACAAAAUCAAGGUGUGGAACUACAAACAGAGGAGAUGUCUGUUUACCUUACUGGGGCACCAGGACUAUAUCAGAACCACUUACUUUCACCAUGAGUACCCUUGGAUUCUGAGUUCAUCAGAUGACCAAACAAUACGAGUCUGGAACUGGCAGUCAAGGAAUUGUGUUAGCGUAUUGGCAGGACACAGUCAUUUUGUAAUGUGUGCCCAGUUCCACCCCUCAGAGGACCUCAUUGUGUCUGCCUCCCUUGAUCAGACAGUCAGGGUCUGGGAUAUCUCAGGACUGAGAAAGAAGAAUGUUUCUCCCGGCCCUGGGGGUAUAGAGGACCGCAUUAAGAGCUCUGGACAGACGGAUCUGUUUGGGGUGUCUGACACCGUGGUCAAGCAUGUUCUGGAGGGACAUGACAGAGGGGUAAACUGGGCCUCCUUCCAUCCAACCCUCCCCCUAAUCGUCUCUGGUGCUGAUGAUCGUCAAGUCAAGCUGUGGAGAAUGAAUGAUUCCAAGGCCUGGGAAGUAGACACCUGUCGUGGUCACUAUAACAAUGUUUCUUGUUGUCUUUUCCAUCCCCGACAGGAGCUUAUCCUCAGUAACUCGGAGGACAAGAGUAUCAGGGUCUGGGAUAUGAGCAAAAGGACUGGUGUUCAGACAUUCAGAAGGGAACAUGACAGAUUCUGGGUCAUGGCUGCCCAUCCUACUCUGAACAUGUUUGCUGCUGGCCAUGACAGCGGGAUGAUUGUAUUUAAACUGGAACGAGAACGCCCUGCAUACGCUGUUCACAACAAUGUACUGUACUACGUGAAGGAUAGAUAUCUAAGAAGGCUGGAUUUCUCCACCUCAAAGGACAACCCCCUCAUUCAGCUCAGAGGAGGCAGUAGGAACCCUGUGUUCAGCAUGUCCUAUAAUCCAGCAGAGAAUGCCGUUCUACUAUGUACUAGGGCCAGCAAUGCUGAAAAUUCUACCUAUGACUUGUAUGCCCUGCCAAAAUCAUCAGACUCGCAAAACCCAGAUGCACCUGAAGGAAAGAGAUCCUCUGGACUAUCUGCUGUCUGGGUUGCCCGCAACAGGUUUGCUGUUCUGGAUAGAACCCAUAAUAUUGUGAUCAAGAAUCUGAAGAAUGAAAUCACCAAGAAAGUCCAGGCCCCCAACUGUGACGACAUUUUCUACGCCGGUACUGGUUGUCUGCUCUUGAGAGAUGCUGAUGCCGUGACAUUGUUUGAUGUACAGCAGAAAAGGUCCCUUGCAUCAGUGAAAAUUUCUAAAGUGAAGUUUGUGAUCUGGUCCUCAGAUAUGUCACAUGUUGCCAUCAUCAGCAAGCAUGUGAUCACAAUUUGUAACAGGAAGUUGGAGAGUCUGUGUACGAUCCAGGAGAGCAUUAAACUGAAGAGUGGGGCAUGGGAUGAGUCUGGUGUGUUUGUUUACACCACCAGUAAUCACAUCAAAUAUGCUCUUACUAAUGGUGACCAUGGUAUUAUCCGUACCCUGGACCUCCCCAUCUACAUCACCAGGAUUAAGGGGAACAGUGUAUUCUGUUUGGACCGUGAGGUCAGACCCAGGGUCCUGUCCAUUGACCCCACAGAGUUCAAAUUCAAAUUGGCUCUUGUCAACAGAAAGUAUGAAGAGGUUUUACACAUGGUGAGGAAUGCUAAGUUGGUUGGACAGUCUAUCAUUGCAUACCUACAGAAGAAAGGCUACCCUGAAGUGGCGUUACACUUCGUCAAGGAUGAGAAAACUCGAUUUGGUCUUGCUCUGGAAUGUGGAAACAUUGAGAUUGCCCUUGAGGCAGCCCGAGCCCUAGAUGACCAGGCCUGCUGGGAGAAGCUUGGUGAGGCGGCGCUGUUACAGGGGAACCACCAGGUGGUGGAGAUGGCUUAUCAGAGAACCAAAAACUUUGACAAACUCUCCUUCCUUUAUCUCAUCACAGGAAACCUGGAAAAACUCCGAAAAAUGAUGAAAAUUGCUGAAAUAAGAAAGGACACCAGUGGUCAUUUCCAGAAUGCCUUGUUCUUGGGAGAUACAGGGGAGAGAGUCAAAAUUCUCAAGGGAGUCGGACAAAAGUCUUUGGCGUAUCUGACAGCGGCCACUCAUGGAAUGGAGGAGGAGGCAGAACAACUGAAGGAGAGCUUUGGGGAAGAAGAGAAGAUCCCUGAUCUCUACCCCCAGGCCCAGCUCCUACAACCACCUGUUCCCAUCAUGCAGCAAGAGAGUAACUGGCCACUACUGACCAUGACCAAGGGCUUCUUUGAGGGAGCCAUGGCUGCUGGAGCUGGUGGAGGUAAGCGUACGGGUCUGGCUGCAGCAGCUGUAGACAUUGAGGAAGGGGCUGGAGAAGGCUGGGGAGACGAUGCAGAUCUUGUCCUGGAUGAGGAGGGAGGAUUUGGUGGAGAGGGACUGGAUGAUGAGGCUCUGGUGGGAGCAACAGAAGAGGGAGGAGGAUGGGAUGUUGGGGAUGAUGACCUUGAACUUCCUCCUGACCUUGAUGUGGGUCCAGCAGCUGCAGGGGGUGGUGAGGAGGGAUUUUUUGUUCCUCCAACUAAAGGAACAAGUCAGACUCAGGUGUGGUGCAAUAACUCUCAGUUACCUGUGGACCAUGUACUGGCUGGUUCCUUUGAGACAGCCAUGCGUUUGUUACAUGAUCAGGUGGGCGUGGUCCAGUUUGACACAUACAAACAGCUGUUCUUACAGACAUUUGCCAGAUCUAGGACCUGUUACCAGGGACUCCCAUCCCAACCCCCAUUGUUUGGACACCCACAUAGAAACUGGAAGGAAGCUGGAGCCCGGGCAGGUGUGCCGGCCGUAGGAAUGAAACUGAACACCCUAGUCCAGCAGCUACAGGUGGCGUAUCAAAUGACCACCACCGGAAAAUUUGGUGACGCCAUCGACAAGUUCCGCAGCAUUUUACUCAGUGUGCCAUUACUGGUGGUGGAGAACAAACAAGAAAUCUCAGAGGCCCAGCAGUUAGUGGAGAUUUGUAGAGAGUACAUAGUGGGGUUGUCCAUGGAACAAAACAGAAAGGAACUCCCUAAAGCCACACUGGAUGACCAGAAAAGAAUUUGUGAGAUGGCAGCCUAUUUCACCCACUGUAAUCUUCAGCCCAUACACAUGAUCCUAACACUAAGGACUGCAUUAAAUCUCUUCUUUAAACUCAAAAACUAUAAAACAGCUGCUUCAUUUGCCAGGAGACUACUAGAGUUAGGACCUAAACCAGAUGUAGCAACACAGACUAGAAAGAUUUUGUCUGCCUGUGAGAAAAAUCCUACUGAUGCCCAUGAAUUGAAGUAUGACCAACACAAUCCAUUUGACAUCUGUGCCGCUUCAUACAUUCCCAUAUACAGAGGAAAACCUGUAGUUAAAUGUCCACUAAGUGGGGCAUGUUAUUUACCCGAGUUCAAAGGUCAAGUCUGCAGAGUAACACAGGUGACUGAAAUAGGAAAGGACUGCAUUGGAUUACGAAUCAGUCCCAUACAGUUCAGGUGAAUUGUGAAGUAGAGGACAUUGUGAAUGGAUGUGAAGGAUAUGUGAAGAGUCAUUAGGUGUAAUGUGAUUCAUGACAAUUAUAACAGAAAGACAGAAUAUACAUGUGUAAUACUGCAGUGAAAACAAGAUGCCUCUUGUUUCAGGAGAAAUACAUAUUAAAUUUUCUCUUGUUAUGGUAUAAUUGCAACUGUUGUGAUAUUUGUGUAUAUUUAAUUAGUAUAUUAAAUUAAUUCAAACCUUGA